UCGCCAUCAGUAAACGUUGACGUGACUGUCGUCGGAUCGUGGGCGGCAUGCGACGCAGUGUUGCGGAAGCGAGUCGUUGGACAACGAUUAGCUGCGGAUAUUAGUCGUCUCUCAUGAUACACUAUCUGCCCGACGAUCACCAUGCUCAUCUCUCUCCCAUGGUCUCUGACCCGCAGCCUCCAGACGAUCGAGUCCAGUUGCCAGCGACGAAACAAGAAGAGUUUUACGAGAUGCUUCAAGCUGCUGGCAGCCUGGGAAUGCACUGGAGCGAGAGCGUCGUGUACUUUUAGCCCGCUACGACUACGGACUGCAAUGCCCCAAUACUUGGCUCUACCCGAAUCCAUGGCAAUCAUCAUGACGCAUGGGUCGUUGCCGGGCUUGUCGCAAGCUCGCAGAGCCACUCGGCCCUUCCUGCCAGCUGGGCAAAGGCGCGCCAAAUCUCGAAAUUUGAAUUUUGGGCCGCAGCCAGUGUCCGGAUAGCGUCCGGUUGGGCCGAUCGAAGAAUUCAAAUUUACGUAUUCCGCAACUCGCGACCGAUGGCCGACCCGACCGAGACGCCGGCGAUCGAGGACGUGCUAGGGCCCGCGGUCUGGGCAGCGUGCAAAGCCGACCAGCGCCAUGUGCUCGAGGGCUGGCUGCGCAAGAACGCCGUCUCGGACGUGCACACGACGGCGACCAAGCUCGAGCCGUCGGCGGCGCUCGCCAAGGCGCUCGAGCUCGACGCGCGUUACGUCCGCGCGCUAACGCCGCAGCAGCUCGUGUUUGCGUACCUCAACUACCUCCGCAGCAUCUUCAAGAUGCCCGAGACGACGCCUGCCGAGCCAACGCCGGCGCCGGCGAACGUGCCACAUGCCAAGAAGCGCAUCGCGCUGCAGCAAAAAGAGACACCGGUCUGGUCCAACAACGACUUUCCACCGCUUGGGACUGCUACCGUGCACAUCAUGGCGUCCAAGCCCAAGGUGCAAAAGGACAAGCGGCGCAUUCGUUCGACGCUCGUGUCGACGCCGUCGCUUGUCUCGACACCCUCGUCGUCGUCGUCGUCGAUCUUUACGUCGGCGCCCGUUGAGAAGGCGCGCCUCCCGUCGCAAAUGAACACCGAUCUCUUGUCCAAAUUCGAGACGCGUCUGACCAGCGUCACGCACGACACGCCCAAGCAAGCGCCAAACCUGGAGAUCCAAGACCCGCUGCCGCACGACCACUCUGCUGCAUCCACCUCCAACAACACCGCCACCAACACCUCCAACAACAACGCCGAGGAGGUGCCCGAGACGGUCGACGAACCCGCCGAGGAGCUUGAGCCAAUGGUCGCGCCGACGCCGAUGGCGCUCUUCUACAGCUUCCUCUUCCAAGCACAGCUCGUACCGCAGUCAGCCCACGAAGUCCAAUGGCUCUUUACGCUGCUGAGCCACGAAGCCUCGUCGGACGCCAAGGAGUUUGCGCUCGCCGUGCUCUACACGAUCCCCGAGACGCUCGAGCUCUUUGGGCCCGAGAUUCUCAAGCUCGCUGUCGACACGUUUGCGUCGCUGCACGUGGCACGGUCGCUCCAAAUCCGGUUCCUUCGAUACCUCGAGGCGUACGAAGAGGCGCGGUCGGUUGAGAGCCAAGCGGUGGGCACGACCUUGCCGAUCGAGGUCGUCGGCCACUCGGCGAGAGACUUUGCCGUCCCGUUUUGCGAAGACACGGACUCGCGCUUGCACUUUCGGUCGCCGGCCGAAGCCGUGCUCUUUAGCAACCGGGAGAAGGCGCGCGAUGCGUUCCUAUCGCUUCUGCGGCAAUGGCAGAGCCAGCGGCAGUCACUCGAAGCUUGCCCCGUAACGUCGCUGCACAACGAGAUGGCGUCGGUGCUCGACGACGUGAGCGCCGACAACCUCUGGUGGUUUGCGCAGUUCUUUGUGCAAGAGCUGUGUCAAGUCGGCAUCAACCCCAUCGGCGAGCACGACAGUGACCUCGUGGAGAAGAUCAUGCACGAUGACAAGCUCAAGAACCCGGAUCGGCUGCGCAAGCUGCACCAGCGCUUCACGUCCCAGCAAGCACCGCCGCCCAAGACGAAGCUCGGCCCGUCGGCCCACAGCACCAAGUUUGCAACAGCGCCCAACAAGGUGCAUGUGUCGUCGGCCGUAGCGUCGACGACGACUGUCACCGCCUCAAGCGACAUGGCCGAGCUCUUCCCUGAGAACCAGCUCUUCUUUGCGCAGUUUCUCGAAACCACCAACCACGCCGUCUUCACAAAGCUUGUCGCGACCGUCCUCGAAGCCCAGCUCUUUGAACUCGCGGGGCCGUGGGCAACGGCCACGGCGUCGUCGAUCCGCAAGACGUUCACGCUGCAGACGCUCCAAGCCCGCCUUCUCGCGCGGUUCCUCGCGUACCUGCAUGUCGCACCGUACGCCACGAGCCUCGGGUCGCCCACCAACGCCGCGAUCGAGCGCGCCCGGAAGCAAGCAAUCGCGAUGCGCAACCGCGUCCGCGCACCGCUUGACGUGCUUGCAGCGCUGCGCCAAUGUGUGGCCGAGCACACGCUCAUGGCGUCGCUGCCAUGGAUGCUCGAGUACCUCCGGCUCGUGAUUCUGCGCGACCCAAUUGCGUGCGCCACGAGGUAUGUGCAGUCGACGGUCGCCCAUCUCCGGUCGGUCUUCUUCUCGCCGCGUCUCGAAGGCUGUCGGUCGGAGAACGGGCUCCUGCUUCGGCUGCAGCUCGAGGCAUUUUUGCAGGCCACGACCGCGCGCCCGAGUCUGCAGCCCUCGGUAUUGGACAGCCUGGCGCUCGACGAGACGUUUACCGCAGCGCUGGACGCCCCUGUCGCCGGUCUCGACGCUGUCCCGUACCUAGCGAGCGCGAUGUUUGUGGCCCACUGCAUCCCCGAUGUCCCGUCCCUCCGCGCGUUUCUCCUUCACCUCCAAGCAACUCUGAACCAGGGCCCGGCCAAGCCAACGACGACGCGCCGCCUCAAGGUCCGCCCGCUCACGCUCUCGCUGCUCAAGACGGUCGAGGACGACGACGACCAGGACCACGACGCGACGCCGCCGUCGUCUCUUGCAGACGACCCGCUCACAAGGGCGUUUUACAAGCAGUACCCGUCGCUCCAGUCCACGGUCGAGUUUGUGGUCGACACGACCAUGCGCAACGUGUGCCAGCUCGUGGGCCCGAGCGUCGUGCUGCCGUCGGCCAACGCCUUUAUGGACACGAUCGCGCUGCGCUUGACGGCCAACGAGAGCACCGCUGAGAAGAUCACGGCGGUUGUCCGGCGCUAUGUCGGCCAAGCCAAGGUCGAUGCGUGCGACAAGGCGAUCGCGGCCGCCGAGCCGUACUGCCAACAACACAUCCCGCGCGUGCUCGAGUCGCUCCUCUCGCCGACGAUGGAUCCUCGUGUGAAAGCGAUGGCCGUCUCGCUGGCGACGCAAAAGGCCCUUGGCAGCGUCCGGUCCGUCGUCGCGGCGUCCAUGGGCAUCGAGUUCAGCAAGCAAGUCGUCCAGCGCGUGCGCAAGAUGGCCAAGCCGGCGCCCGCAGCGCCAGACACCGCGCCAUCGCUCCUCGACGCUCUGCACGCGGCGGCUAAAGACGCGGCUAGUAGUGCGCCUUGCCUCGACCACUUUACGCGGCUCCUCGAGCUUGUGCGGGCCACGGAGACAACGAGCAGCGUAUGGUGCUGCGUGGCGUCCGUCCUGCACGACGAGCGUGUGUGGCAGCUCGAGGCGUCGGCAGCCCAGACAGCUCUACUGCGGCACGCGUUGAGCAACCAUGCGUGGCAGCCCCGGGCCAUGGCGCUCCUCGACCCGCUCGUGCACAUGUGGCUGCGGUCCGAGCACGCGGGGCGCCAGCACCUCGAGACGCUCUGCGAUGCCUUCCCCGAGCUGCAACCGCGCGUUUGCGCGAUUGUCGGUGCGGCCACCGCUCCCAUCCAAGAACCCGCCAGCGCGAUUUUGUCUUGGCGAGGCGCCGCGCCCCGGGCCGUGCCGUGCUAGCGCCGCCCGCUAUUUAGUGCAUCUCUAUUUUAUUCGACUAAUCACCAUGUAUUCUACUGACUUGACCAGA